AUGGGCAACAGAGCUCCUUAUGCUGUUUCAUUUCUAUUAAGGUUUAUCUAUGCGGUUAUGCAGAUACUUACUAAAGUUGCUUUUAACCAAGGUACAAGUACAUACGUUCUUGUUUUCUACAGGCAUUUAAUAGGUAGCAUGUUCCUACUGCCUAUUGCUUUUGCAAUUGAAAGGAAAACGGCCCCACGACUGUCAUACAAACUCUGUCUGAAGCUAUUUGUGCAUGCACUAUAUGGGAUGUCUGCUUCUCUUAACAUAUCAUGUGUCGGUCUCAAUUAUGCUUCAGCAACUUCUGCUUCUGCAGUACUAAAUCUCCUACCAGUGUUAACUUUCUUUUUGGCUCUUCUGUUGGGAAUGGAGUCUUUGCAAUUAAAGAGCUUCCAUGGGAUUGUGAAAGUUUCUGGUAUAGUGAUUUGUGCGGCGGGUGUUACUGUACUAGCGUUAUACCAAGGACCGGAGCUCAAAUCUAUAGUCCAUCACCCUAUUUUCCGUCACCCAAGUCGAGUUUAUACUCAUCCAUCAAGGAGCUGGAUAUUGGAAAUUCUCCUGCAGUCUCUUGCGACUGUAAUGUUUGCGCUUUGGACAGUGUUUCAGGGCCCUUUGCUGGAGGAGUAUCCGUCCAUGCUGCUUAACACGAGCCUUCAGAUUGUCUUUGCGACUAUUCAAUCAUUUUUUAUGGCUCUAGUGAUGGAGAGGGACUUUUCAAGAUGGAAGUUGGGACUGGAUGUAGGUCUUGUGGCGAUCAUCUAUUGUGGGUGUAUUGUUACCGCAUUGGCAAACUACCUGCAAAUCUGGGUGAUUGGCAGUGUAAUAAGUGGCGCGCUCAUGGUUGCUGGCCUGUACAAUGUUCUCUUGGGGAAGAGAAUAGAGCAAGUAGCUCUCUGCAAGCAAGGAGGUAGCGGAGAAAAUGGAUCAUGCUUAGAUUUGGAGGAACAAGAAAGCGGUGCACCAGUUCCAGCAACGCGGGAUUCAAUCAAGCCAGUACCAGGUUUGAUGGAGAGAACUGAUACAUCAAGCUGAACUGUGACCUGUGUCAGCCAUAAUCUUGACUUAGCACGUGCGUUGGCGGACGUGGUUGUGCCGUUGUGGAGAACCAGCGCGACCGGCAGACGUCGUGCGUGUAGUUAGUCAGUUAGCACAUGCAUAGGACUGGAUGUGAUCGUGGUGCAUGCAUGGUUG